AUGAUCGUCCAGAAGCUAAACGAAGCUAUGGACGAACCUGAAACAGCGAGCCUUUCUCAGUUAAAGGCUUAUGAGAAGAAAUUGGAACUACAUUAUUCGGAGUAUGCGGUGAAGCAUGACUUGAUCGUGGCUCAGUGUACUAGUGAAAACAUGGAGGAUCAGGACAAUAAGUUGGACGAGUUUGACGAGCUGCACACGGAGGCGUUAGUGAAGCUGAAUCAACUGUUGGAGUUACUUCGUGCUGAUCCACAACCUAAUAAUGGAGUUCCCCAAGUGAUUGUGACUCAGCAACCUCUGAAGACGCCGAUCCCAACCUUCGAUGGGAAGUACGAAGGUUGGCCAAAAUUCAAAGCUCUCUUCAAUGACUUGAUCCGAAAGUGUGGCGACUCCGAUGCAACUAAACUGCAAUACCUGGACAAGGCGCUGAUCGGUGAAGCUUCCGGUAUCCUUAAUGCCAGAAUUAUCAAUGACAACAACUAUCAGCAAGCAUGGGAGUUGUUAGAGAAGCGCUUUGAAAAUCCGAGAGUGAUUAUUGACACCCAUAUUUCCGGUUUAUUGUCGAUGAAACCGAUAGCCAAACAAAGCUUCAAGGAGCUAAGAAACCUUAUCGAUACAUGCAAUCGCCACGUGGAAGGAUUGCGGUUCAUGGAGCAGGAGGUUGUUGGAACAGCCGGUCUAAUCGUGGUGAAGCUACUUACAAUGUGCCUUGAUGGAGAAACGCGGAAGCAGUGGGAGCUCACCAUGGAGCACGGAGAACUUCCUGACCUCGAAGAAUCCAUGAAGUUCUUAAGAAGUUAUUGCCAGGUACUUGAUAGAUGUGAAGUAGACAAGGCGUCCUCAGCUAAGGCAGCUGUUAAGCCUCCUAUGAUGGGGAAAACCAGCUCAUCGCAAAGAACCUCCAAUCCAGCAACAUCCAGUUCACCGGAGAAUGUGUGUGAAAUAUGCGCGGGUCAACACUGCAAUUACAAGUGUCCUUCUUUCUUGAGCAUGAGUGUUGAUCAGCGUGUUACCAAGGUGAAGCAAAUCGGACUAUGUUUCAACUGCCUUAGGAAAGGCCAUCAAAUCAGGGCUUGUCCAUCAGAUAAGUCAUGCUCGAGGUGUUCCAAAAAGCAUCAUACCAUGUUGCACUUCGAGCAGGUAUCCCAAGCUGAGCCGAAGCAGAAAACUCCAGGUGGAACAUCCAAGCCGCAGGAGAUGCAGACAGCAGCAGCUGUUCCUGAGGAUCCUGUGUCUACAGCCUGUUCCAGUAUGCAACAACGAGCGAAACAAGUGUUUUUGAUGACCGCAUUGGUGAAUGUUACGUCAAAGAGUGGAAGGAACUUCAAGUUGCGUGCUCUCUUCGAUUCCGGGUCUCAGAUCAACCUGGUUUCUGAAUCUGCUGUAAAACUGCUAGCGCUUCCGAAGUAUCCUGCCAACGUGCCAGUCGUAGGAGUGGGUGGCGCCAGAUCUCAAAUUCGUCAUCGUGUGAUCCUGAAGUGUUUCUCCGACUACACCGAUUUCCAAAGUGACAUGGACUGUUUGGUGACAGCUAGAGUGACAGGAAAGAUUCCAUCUGUUCCAGUUGACAUCUCGGAGUGGAAGUUCCCGAGUGGUAUUGUGUUGGCCGAUCCAAGCUUCAACGAACCGAGAGAAGUGGACCUACUGAUCGGUGCCGAGCUGUUUUUCAAAAUCCUGAAACAAGCUCAGCUGAAACUCUCUGAUAAUCUACCCGUACUGUACGAGACUCAGUUCGGAUGGAUUAUUGCCGGUGCUUUAGAAGAGUCCGAGGAGGAAGUCGUCAACGUGCUAUGCGCCACAAAUGAGGAUCUGUUGCUGAAGAGCAUUCAGAGGUUUUUCGAGCAAGAAGAACUUCCAGAAGAAAAAGUCCUGACGAAUGAAGAGCAAGCGAUAGAAGAUCACUUCUGCAAAACAUAUCGACGAGAUGAGGAUGGCCGAUUCGUGGUUCAACUACCGUUCCGUGAGUCCAUCAAUGAACUAGGAAACUCCCGAUCAUUAGCGUUGAAGAGGUUCCUGUCAAUUGAGAAACAUCUAACCAAUAAACCCGAGAUGAAAGAGAUGUACCAAGAGUUUAUGCAGGAGUACAAAGACCUUGGUCAUUGCCACGAGAUCCGUGAGGAUGACGAUCCGCCUGACCGACAGAGCUACUAUUUGCCACAUCAUGCU